AUGGAUUGCCCAGUUUCAGAGUGCAAUUACACAAUCUGGCCGGGGACACUCUCCGAUAAUGGAGGUGCCAUUCUUGGCGACGACGGCUUUGCAUUAGCCCCCGGAGGAACCAGCCAACUCCCCGGCCCGUCGGGUUGGUCAGGCCAUUUUUGGGCCCGAAUAGGUUGCAACUUCGACGAAGCCGGGAACGGAAAAUGCAUAAUUGGUGAUUGCAGCGGCACAUUAAAAUGCAACGACGGUGGCCAACCGCCUGUGUCCCUUGUUGAAUUCUCACUUGCACGUGACAACACGGAGAAAGAUUUCUACGACGUUAGCCUCAUCGACGGCUACAAUGUGGGCCUCAGUGUCCGUCCCUUCGGUGGCUCCGGCGAUUGCCAGUACGCCGGUUGCAUAGCCGACCUCAAUGGAAGCUGUCCUAAAGAAUUACAAGUGACAGACCCGACUUCCGGUUCGGUAGUGGCGUGUAAAAGCGCGUGCGCUGCCUUUAACACUACGGAGUAUUGCUGCACCGGCGAACACUCGACGGCGGCGACUUGCCCGUUGACACAGUACUCUCAGAUGUUCAAGAAUGCUAGCCCGACAGCUUAUAGUUAUGCGUACGACGAUGCUUCAAGUACACGCACAUGUUCGGUUGCGGAUUAUUUGAUCACAUUUUGUCCCACAAUGUCGUAAAUUACCAUUAAUUCAUGGUUGUUGCUUAUUAUUAAACAUACAAUAAAUCACAUCAAAAACUUGAUUAAAAAACCCUAAACC